AUGGCAACAUCUCAACCCCCUCUCCGCUUCACAUCCCAUCACAAUUUGGUAUAUCGCCUGGUAUUGUCUACCCUCACCGGUCGCACAGUCCACAUCUCGCAAAUUCGUUCCUCGUCGCCCACGAAUCCGGGUCUUGCGCCUCAUGAAAUCUCUUUCCUCCGUCUCCUAGAUGCAGUUACCAAUGGCUCUCAAAUGGAGAUUUCGUACACAGGAACUGUUCUUGUGUACAAGCCGGGUUUGAUCACCGGCAGCACAGCUGGUACUGGAGCCAGCGGCGGCAUGAUCACCUAUGAACUUCCUUCGAACUGUAACCGCGGACUCAGUUACUACCUUAUCCCACUCUGUCUGCUGGCUCCCUUUUCCAAAGCACCCAUGAAAGUACUCUUCACCGGACCUGGUGUCAUCACCUCGUCGACACCGACCGGAGAUAUGUCCGUCGACAGCGUUCGCACAGCGAUUCUUCCUUUGUACAACCAAUUCGGUAUCUUCAACAACAUCGAGCUCCGCAUUCUGAAACGAUCAAACACUGGUCCCACUGGCAGGGGAGGUGGUGGUGAAGUGCAGCUCGUAUUUGGCCACCAGCUUCGUCUACCGAAGACCCUGCACUUGAUGAAUGCGGGCCGUAUCAAGCGCAUCCGCGGUGUUGUAUACUCGGUUGGUGUGUCUGGCUCGAACAACGCUCGCAUGAUUGAGACUGCCCGUGGUAUCCUCAACCCCCUCAGCCCUGAUACUUAUAUCUUCUCUGACGUUGCCACUGCACCGUUGGUGCCAGCCCCGGACAAGACCAAUCCCCAGGCGAAGAAAAAGAUUGGCCUCGGGUUUGGUUUGUCUUUGGUGGCAGAGUCUUCCACAGGCUGCCUCUUCUCGGCUGAUGUGGCCUCUCCGCCAUCGGGUGGUCAAGCCCCCGAGGAUGUUGGAAGGCAGUGCGCAUUCCAGCUUCUGGAGACGGUUUCCAAGGGAGGCUGUGUGGCUCCAGCAGCUGCAGCGACAAUGUUUACCCUCAUGACCAUGGGCUCUGAGGAUGUUGGUCGGCUGCAGGUUGGUCGAGAAGUGAUUGCUGACCCUAACGUGGUUCAACUUGCUCGAGACUUGUCCAAGUUUGGUGCACCCGGCUGGGGUAUCCGAGACGCACCUGGCGAGAACGUAGAUGGCGAUGUGAUUGUCAGCGUCGUCGGCCGUGGAAUCGGUAACGUUGGCAGAAAAGUUGCUUAA